UAAUAAAUACUAGAGCUUAUGCAUAUGUCUGCAUGAUGUCGUUCUCUUUUGUAAGAUACGUAGAUAGGAUAUCUCGAAUGUUUGUAUUUCCUGGAACUUCGGAGCGCCGAUUGCCUCCCACGAUCAUUUGCUGUACUUGUCCACCCAAAGAGAUGCCUCGUGUCCUCUCAGUCGUCUUCCCUUAUCGUCUUCAUGCAAGCUUGAACACUUUAUAGCCCCCGGACACGUAGACCCGAUCCUCCUGCCCCCUCGCAUGUGUUGAACUACCACGACUCUUUCAUUCACGAACAACGUUUCUAUAUUUCAUGAUCACGGCGCUAACGAUCAAGUUCACGUUCAUCCGAGAUGGCGAAACCAAAGAAGGGAAAGCAGAAGGCAGAGCCUGCUGCUGCUGGUAAGGUUGAACCACCUGCGUCUCAACCUUUUCCACAAAAGAAUCCUGACGAACCUCUUCCUAUACCUCCUCCGCAAUCUCCUCGUGCUGUGAAAACUACAAUUCUCCAAGCAACCCUCCCGACUGUGACAAUUCAAUCGCCUUCAACAGUGAAAUCCGACAAACCACUACCGGGCUACAAACCCUUGCAUGCAUCGCAAAAUGCCGCUUCACAAUGGGAGAAUAAUGAAUCAGAUAGUCAAUGGGGAGGUUAUGAUAAUCACACCUCGAACGGGGAAGACUGGGGUAGUGCCCAUGAUGGAGGUGGUCACAUCUCAGAAGCAGGCGAUUGGGCUAUUCAUGAUUCUCCAGCUGGGGGAGGUGAAGGUAACAUGAACGGCCCUGAGCAUUCUUCGACUGCGUGGGGUCAUGGAGGUCAGAAUGCAGAGGGUGGUGCUUCAGACGCAGUCAAUGGAUGGGACUCGAGGAAUAGCGGCGUAGGCGUUGCAGGCACAAGCGUGGUAACCGGAUGGGGAGAUCAAGCUGCGGCACAAUCUCAAAACACUGGGCACAAUAGUCCGGCUGUGAGGUUCCAAUCCCCUCAUCCACCUACACCUGCACCUGCAGCAGCACCUCCUACUCCACAGCCACCACCACCUCCGCAAUUACCACGUACCAUCCAGUCUACGCGCGCAGCAUUUCCACCUAACAAGAACAAGACGAGUACGAAAGACGAUAAUUGGGGUAAUCCCCUCGCUGAUGCCGACGACUGGCAAAAUGGCGAAGCAUAUGGUGGUGGUUGGGGACCACCUCAGCCUGUCCCUCCUGUGACGCUCGGACGUCAGGAUGGUCAAUUUCGGGGUACGGUGCCUCCGACUCAGGCGUCAGGCGCUUGGAUGCGUUGGAAUAAGGAAUUCAUGCAGGUCAAAGACCUUCACAAAAUUGAUGAGAAAGCGCCUAUCCCUCCUCCGGCUUUGGCAUCUCAUGCUAUUCCAUCCAAUGGUGGUGGAAUGGGAGGUCGUAGGCCACCAGCCUCUCAACAACAAAAUCAUUUACUCCACAAUAUACUUAAUGAUCCUCUUCAAGCUCACGCGAGAAACGUUGCUUGGGGGAUUCCUCAAGGCCAAGGCGGCCAUGAUCGACAUAACCAAAUACCUGGGUAUCCGAGGACACACUCUGGACAUGAUCAGCAGAAUGCUUGGGGAGGUCAAGGUUGGGGUGAUCCACAACAACAAAAACAUCACAAACAUCAAUCCACGGGACAGCAUCGAGCGCAACCAAUGCAACCUGCUGAUAGUUGGGGAAGUACCGGCUGGGGCAAUGCCAGUAACCAUGGCGGUGCAAGUGGUUGGGGUGAACGGAACGAUGUAGCGGGCUGGCAAGGUGCAGCGACUUCCGGCAAGGACCCGUGGGGUGCCACCAUUAACGAGGAAGAGGAAGAGGAAGAAUACGAUGACGAUGAAGACUGGGGUGACGAUGGUUACAACGAUACGGAAGACGAGGGAUGGGGACAGCCCAAACAUAAACAUAAAAAACACAAAGACGACUAUGAUCCAUGGGGUGGAGGAAAGCCGAAGCAUCAGAAUUAUGAGGCAACCCCGCAACAGCAACAACAUUCUCUCCAUGGUCAUACUCCAGCGAUCGCGAACCAGCAACUACCAUAUGAUCCGAAGGCAUCCAAGACCAUGAAUAUGGCGUUCGGUCGGAUGGGCGCCCUAUUUGAAAGUACACCCCCCGUACAACUUCCGCAACCAGGCGCAGGGGUUAUUGACUCGCAUGGCGCAGGGCUCAAGCCCGCAGUACACGCUCUCUAUGGCAGACGAAGACCCACAAAAGAGAGGAUUCAUUGGAUGCUCAAUCCAGACAAAGACGAACGUGUUUCUUCUCUAUUGCGAUGGGUUCAAGCUAUGGCCAAUGAACUUGCGGCGUUCGGCUUACAGAAGUUCCUGCAUGAUGGCCAACGCGGUGCCCUCUUGACCAACGCUGACUUCCGCGUAGGCGGUAGCGUGACAUCUCCUGGCCAGCCUGCAUUUGAUUGGGUCACCAUCGACAGGCUGCAACUCACUUUGGAUCGCAUCGUACAAGAAUCUGUCAUUACAUAUGAUCCUGCACUGCACGUCGUAAUCUACGUUUUCCUGUUAUCACACAGUGGGAAUAGUAUGGCAAUCUGGCGGAGGAAGGUCCCGAUACCUGAUUCUCUGCGAAUUGCCCGUCGAGACGAGAUCAAAAAGGUCAAAGACUCCCUCGAUCUGAAGUAUGAAGUCUUUGUCGACCAACUUGAUCCAUCCCCUCCGAAGAAAAAACGCGGCUUCUGGCGCAGGCUUUUCGGGUUGCGAGCCCACUAGUCCCUCCUCCCUGCUUUUCCUCAGUCUUCCUGUUUGCUUUGCAUCCUGCUCUCACGUAUAUUAUGUCUUGCUCUCUGACUUAUUAGUGUAUUUGCAUUUUGUUAUUCCUUGUAUCUACUAUGAUAUCCUCGCCGCUACGUUCCCCGGCUUUUUGCAAUGUUAUUCUAGUUUUGAAAUAAUGACCAGAGAGUCCAGACCUACUAUUUUGGUAGGAUG